UCUCUAUAAGAAUACACACUAGUGUUUCCCCUUGUUCUCUCUCAUUUCAGAGUACCAAAUCACAGUUAAACAACUAUGGAAUCAUCUUCUUCUUCUUCUUCUGUUUUGAAUCCUAUGGUGAGUCCAGAAGAGUUCAAGAUUUUUCACACCAUAGACCGAACUCUUUAUACUAGACUAGUUGUCAAGCUUGACCGCGACCCCGCAGACUCAAUGCAAGUCAUGGCCUUGUGGAUUUGGCUUGAAAGGGAGGCACGUGGUAAUUUAGUGAAAAGAAUGCUGUCAUUGCCUGAUACCCUUAUCUAUUCACUAGCAGAUGAGGCUGUUCUUUGCUUGAAUUGCAUAGAGACGGACCGGUUUGAUUUUUCUCUAGAAACUAUGAACGAUGAAAUUCCUUUGACUCAACAGUUGACAAAAACUGGUUUCUCUCUUCGGUUUUUCCAUGACAAUCGACUUGGCAUUCUUCGUGCGAUUGCAAAGAUCACCAAUGAAGUUUGUGCAAGAGCUUUCGAAGAUAUCUCGCGACAAGUUAUGGAGAGAAAGGCUGUUGCAGGAGGAAGUAAUGUUGCUGAAAAUGUUGUUGGUCAAAACACUAACCCUUUGAAUUAUUAUGGUCCAGUGAUUAAUCCUGUACUGUACUGUAAUUCGAAUGCUGCUGGUGUUUAUGGUCAAACGGGUAUCAGUCGACGAUUCAUGUGGCCUAAUGUAGGGCACCCUGGAUUUUUGCCUGGUUAUGAUCCUUAUGAUCUUGCAUUUCAGAGGCAGAUUCUGAACACCGAGAACAUUGCUGGGGUAUUGAAUCGUCUAAAGAUUAGUGCUGGCGACCAGAAGGAAGUGCAAGCUGAUAGUAGGACUGUUUUCUUGACGUUCUCCAAAGGGUACCCUAUUUCAGAAGAUGAAAUCAGAGACUAUUUCACCAAGUAAUCUCUCGUUCGAUAUCUCUUGCAUGUCUAGAUUUUGGGAAAGAAAAUUCUGAAAUUGUAUUAGGAACUGAUCACAUUAAUGUUAAUUUGCGGUAACAGAAAGCAUGGAGAGUGUAUUGAAGCAAUAUAUAUGCAAGAAGUUUCGGCAGAGGAGCAGCCACUGUAUGCACGCCUUGUUGUACCCUCUGCUGCCAUCCUUCAUAACGUUCUCCUGGGACAGGGCAAGGCAAAGUUCACCAUUAAUGGAAAACAUGUUUGGGCCAGGAAAUAUGUCCGGAAGAAUCUUAAGUCGUCGUCUCCAUCAAAGUCACCAACAUCACCACAGCCAACCUCACCCGACACAGGAUCAUCAAGCCUGAACUAAGUUUGACAAUCAUUUUUGUGUUCCCCC